AUGGAGUUGGUGCUCUCGAUGGAGAACAUCUUCCUCUACCACAUGGUGCUGGGCGCCUUCAAAGUCCCCCCACGGAUGGCCCGCUUCGCACUUUUGGUGGUCUCCCUCUUCCAGAUGGUCUUCCAAAUGUUCCUCUUCAUGGGCAUCGCGGCCUUCAUCCAAGACCUGGAGAUCUUGCCAUACCUCCUGGGCGCUUGGCUCAUCGUCGUGGGGAUCCAGACCAUGCGUGAUGAUGAUGAAGAAGGCUGGGUAGGCUUCGACGCCGCCAACUCGGAGGCCUAUAAGACCUGCCGCCUGGCGCUGGGCGACCGCCUGCUGCCGCGCUAUGAUGCGGAGGGGCGGAUCUUCGUGUACCAGACGCUUUUCUGGGGGGGAAUGGCAAGCUCUCAGAGCCCCGGCAAGGGAGAGGGGGUGCGUGAGGAGUGGGUGAGGCUGAAAUGGGGGAUUCUCAAAGAGGUGACGAUGAUGGGGCCCGUGAUUCUGUGCUUGCUCGCCAUCAUGUUCGCCAUGGAGGCCGAACAGCCCGGUGAAGCCGGUGAAGCCGAGGAAGGUGCCUUCACCUGCUGCCCCCUUCACCUGCUCUGGCACACGGGUAAGACCAGAGCUGAGCACGGCGGAGUGGACGUGACCUUGGCCAAGAUCGAGGAGAUUGACAACCAUUUCAUCGCUUGGUCCUCUUCGGUGCUUGCAGCGUUCGCCUUGCCGGAGCUUUUCGUUGUGGUCUGUGAGCUCUUGAGGCGCUUCUACCUCUUGAAGCCUGCGAUCAGCUUCCUGGUGAUGUUCUUCGGCAUUUUGCUGCUCUUCCGGGACACCAUCGAGCUGGGUGAUGCGGCGGAGCUCAGCGUCAUGCUGGGCAUCGUCUUCGGCUCCAUCCUCGUGUCACCGCUGCUGGGCUAUCCCGAACGCUCGGGCGCCAGCUACGACGGCCUGGACCGCGGGUUCCUGCGGAUGGGGGAAGGGAUCGGAAAAGGGUAG